AUGGCGACUGCAACAUCACCUGCGCUUCCCCAGACGGAACCCGCUUCUUCCACUCUGAAGCCCGAGGAAAUCUCGUUCCCUCUUCCCAAGGCUUUACACACGACGGCGCACAUCCACUUGACCUCUUUUGGUCAAUGUGCCAUGGUCUUCUUGGCGACCAGCACGCCGGGCGACUCGGCGGGGUCCGUUAAACCGAUGGGGAGCUUUGUCUAUGCCAUGCCGGAUCGUACCUCUCCAAACUCAACCAUUUCCACCACGCUCUACACAACACCCUCCAGCAUCGAGUACACGACACGCAUAGCCAAAAUUGUGGCUCGAAGGAUCCGCGCUCCGGUUUAUGUUGGAUGCAGCAUCAAUCCCAACGCCCUGGAGCAGACGGUGGAGGAGGAAAUGGAAGGGCUGACCAAGAUUGUCAACACGAUUGUUGAACGACUUGGAUAG